UCUACUUUCGCUUCCUCAACGGGAGUUGAUCAACUUGAUUAUACUUUCUGUCACAAUAAUGACCAACAACGUCGAAGACCAAACGCCUGUUUCGCGAAAAGACGUGUUCGUUAAGUAUCUACAGUACUACGACAGAGUUUGUUGUGAAGGCGACCUGAAAGUGUGCUCAGAGACACAGGUGACAGAUGAAGCCAGGCGCGUGCUGCUGUUACCGGAGGAAGAGCCGCGGAAGAGAUUCAACACGCCGGACUUCUAUGAGACUCUGUAUGAGUGCGCACAGUACAGAGACUGCCAGAGACGAGUCCACGACUUUAAAAAAGCCGCCGAGUUACUGGAGAUGUUCUGUGUCAACCUGUUUUUGUUUCCGUGGAAGAAAGAGAUUAAAACAUUAAAGACAUUUACAGGACACUUUGUCCAUUACAUCAAGCCAGUAUUGCCUUUUGCCAGAAGUAUUCUUCAGAUUAUUGGAUACUGCAUGGAAACAGACACCGAGUAUAGAUUGUCGGACAAUUUUGACCCCAGCAAGGCCAAGAGUAUGGGAUUCGACCUUUUCCUUGUCAGGUUAGAGUGUGAGUAUCUUCUGGAGCUCAUGAACCAGAGAUCACAUGUAGAAUGUCUGGAGAUCAUCCAAACAAGAGCUGCUCCUCUGACCUUCGUUGCUGGGAAAGAAGCUUCAGAACCUAUCAACAACAUCUGUAAUCUAAAUGAGGAUGUUUUUAAGAAUGAUGGGCAUGUUGAAGGUGGCUCACUGGUAAGCCCAGGGGAAGAGCAGCAACAGGAGUCACUUAAAAGUCAUAACCCUCAUGAUCAGGAAGUCGACAAGUCUCAAGAUGCUUCUAUCUCUGAUGUUGAAAGACCAUCCAACUCAUUUAUGACUGACGACAAGUCUAUCUUAGAGAUGCAGAAGAACUACCCAGACCUGGCCAUCCGACAAAAGCCCAUUUUCCGAAAGUCUCAAAGAUCUAUGCAGCCUCUCAAAGCCCAGGAGUGGGCUGGAUCCAGGGGCCACAAUGCAGGCCUGUUCCACAAGGCCAGUACUGACAUGAGUGGCCCCCAGUCUAUAGCCAUACACACUGAGACCACGCCAGGACAUAGAAAACUACACAUCCCAAAUGCUCUUGUAGAAGCCCAGCCCUCAGAUGACAAACCAUUGGUUCUUCAAGUCGGGAAGCUGCUGCAAGGACGCAGCCGUGAAGGCUCGACAGAAGACUGCUUGGCUGAGCUCACUGAGCAAAUGGGGAAAAUGCACAUGAAGGAACUCAGUGCAGAUGAACCUCUUAAAUAUCCCAUUGAGGAGACCGCACAGGCCCAGCCAUGCAGUGGACCCAAUGAUGUCAUCACGGCUCCACCCACAAAAUCCCCAGAUGGCAUGAGCUUGCCCAUUCUGUGCAGCCCAUCCCAGGAGCCUGUCUGCAACAUCACAGGUUGUGGGAGCUGUGUUGCAUCUGAUGGCAUUUUUGCACAGGACAGCCUCAUUAAAGAGCCUCCUCAGUCAAUCUACAUCCCUAGUGCACUAAGUGCCUGCCCACCAGUGUUUGGACCACCAGCUGACCACAAUGAGGGCUCAAACGGUCACAAGAGUCCCACACCUCAGCAACCAGAAGACGACUUAGUCCAAACAUAUGUGGUGAUUUAGAG